AUGCCUUUGAAACGUAAACCAGCCGAGCAUCCAGAAACUCCACGACGUUCUCAGCGGAUCAAGCAUAAUGAGAGCACAGAGACACAAGAAACUAAGCGUUCUAAAUCAUUUAAGCGUUCUCGAUAUGAAAAAACUCAGAAUGCUUCUUCAUCAACACAUGAUGUAGCAGGACGGUCAUUAGUACGUGGUACUUCUAUUGCACGUACUAAACGUACUGCACAUGCAACAAAAACAUCUUAUGCAACAGAAAAGCAUGAAAAGAAAAAGGUAGUGUCUAGUGCAACCUCUGACUCGUCAGUUAUUCUUGGACGUCGGAUAUUAAAGCCUAUUCAGCUGGGUGAUACAUUGCCGGAUAUUAUAUUAAAAAAUGAAUUGGAAGAGGAUGUACAUAUUCAAAAUAUAGCAGAUGAGUAUCCUGUUAUUAUUUUUGCAUAUCCAAAGGCAUCAACACCUGGAUGCACUGCUCAAGGGUGUGGAUUUCGAGAUAAUUAUGCAACAAUUGAAUCUAAAAAUUACCGUAUUUAUGGGCUUAGUAUGGAUAUGCCGAAAGCACAGUUGGCUUUUAAAACAAAGCAGAAUUUCCCGUAUCAUCUUUUAUCAGACCCCAAGGCAGAGUUGAUUGGGGCUUUGGGUGCAUCUAAAUCUGGAUUUAAGAUUGCACGAAGCCAUUGGAUAUUUAAUAAAGGUGGGGUUUUGUCUGAUAUGAAAAUUGGUGUAUCGCCUAAGGACAGUGUUGAAAAAGUAAUGGCAAAAAUUUCAGAGUAA